AUGGCCCGGCGGACGCCACCUCCGUCUCUGCUCUGCGAGGGUCCAUCCGUCGCCGCGCCCUGCGGCCGCUCCGUCGGGCUUCUUGCGCUCGAGCUCGACGGCGACAGCGAGUUCUACCACGUGACCUCCGGCGGCCGGCGCUGCACGCUGCACCACGUUGCGGACUCGGACUGGGCUCUGCGAGACGGCUCCGAUGACGAGCCGCCGCUCGAGCUCGGCUCUCCCGAGCAGAUUUUCGAUCUCGCCAUCCGCCCGCAGCCUGGCGCCGAGGAGAGACUCGCAGCUGCUGCGCCGCACUGGCCGGCCCGCCUGCGCGACCGCCUCGCCCGCCGCCGGGUCGCCGGCCGCGGCACAGUCGCGCUGGACGCCGGCUGGUUCCUCGAGGCGCUCGGCGGCGCGGAGCCGAUUCCAACGCCGCUCCUCUUUCCGGGCGGCGGCGCGGCGCUUGGCCUCUCCGGCCUGCAGGCUGCGGCAGCCGUUACGCGACGGACCGCCGUCUCGCUCCGGGCGGGCCGCUGCGACGUCGCUGAUGUCGCCUUUGCUGAGGUUCUGCAGCGCGCGAUUCGCGCCGAGCGGGCGGCUGGCGGCAGCAGCGCCAGCGGCGGCGACGACGUGUGGGGUGGAGCGGGGCGGCUGGUAGGCGAGUAUGCGCCGCUCGGCCUCUCGCUCGGCCCGCUGCAGCCGUCCGGCGAGGCGGCGGGCGCAGCCUCGGCUGGCCUCGGUGCGGAGGUUGGCGAGGUGGAGGAGGGAGGCGUUGCCGACGAAGCCGGGGCGAUUCUCGCCGAGGUUGACGCGAGGCGCGCGCGGGGCGGCAGCCUCACCGUCGUGUUCGACACCGCCGUGCCCGCCGCGCGGCUCUACGCGGUCGAGCUGCCCGCAGUGCCGGCGCUGCGCGCUCUCGCCACCGCCGAGGGGAUGGCGGGGCCGGCGAGGCUCGAGCUGGGAGAGGAGCUGGCUCGGCUGUGCGAGGAGGGCGGAGGCGGCGGCGGCGAGGGAGGCGGCGGCGACGAGAGAGGCGGCGGCGGCGAGAGAGGCGGCGGCGAGGGCGGCGGCGGCGAGGGCGGCGUGUUGUGGUCGGAGGAGGAGGCGAGGCUGUUUGUGGGCGACGCGGGCUCCCUCACGGCUGCGCAUGUCGACAUCUGCCCGCAGCUCGAGUUUGCGCACGGCCUGACUGGGCUCAAGCUGCUCGGAGCGCAGGCCGAGCUGCUCGCGACGCGCGUGCCGGUGGACCGCCCUCUCGACGACGCGCAGCGGGCGCUCUUGCUCGACGAGGCGGUGACGGCGGUGGCGCUCGAGCCAGGCGACCUCGGCGUCUUUGACUCUGGCUGCCUCCACUUCGCCGCCAACGGCCUCCACUGGCCCGUGACCGGAGGCAUGAACGCCGCCCUCUACCACGGCAUGCUCACGCGGCCGCUGCUGGCGCAGCUGCGAGCCGCCGCCCGGCGGGAGGCCGGCGGCGGCGACGCGGACGCCUCUGGUGACGAGGGCGACGAGGACGACGCGUGGGCGGCGGGGGAGAGCUUGCGGCCGUCUGACCUGCUGCGAGAGCUGGACGCCGGCGGUGCCGGAUGA